UUUUCACAUUACAUACUUUUAUAUAUAUAAAUAUAAAUAUAAAUGGCACUCUUUGCCAAUACGAUUGACCUACAGGUCCACAAGAAUAGAUCUAUUCCGAAACUUGCAUCUUGUAAUUUUGUAGCAUCUGCGCGAUCCUCAGAAGCCCUUGCACAAUCUGGUCAUUUGGCUGUCUCAGCACCUUCUCAAAUCAUUGGCAGAUUUCAGUUCUUAAAGACCCUUACGCAUGCUAAUCUGUGUGAAUAUGUUGAUAUUCAUCGAGGAAAGCAUGAUCGUUUAUUUGUCGUGUCUGAGCAUUUUGACCAGUCUCUUCAAAAGGCACGCAGUAUUGAAAGUGAUAUCGGUCUAACGACAAAUAUUAGCUUACUGAAACAAUGGGCAUAUGAGAUAUUCUCAGCCUUGGAUUAUUUGCAGCAAAACACGAUUGUACAUGCUUCUCUUUCACCGCACAAUAUAUUGUUGGAUUCCAAGCAACAAGUCAAACUAUCGGGGUUCGGCUUGUUCUACAUGACCGGACAAGGUGUGGAUGUAGAAUUUCCUGUUGGAUACCCCGCUUAUCUUGCACCAGAAUGUGUGACAGACAUGGCCACGGGAAAACAAGGCUAUGACAAAAGAGAUUGCUGGGCCGUGGCAAUUAUUCUUGUGGAGCAAUUUACGCACAAUUCAUUUUGGACGACUUCAGAUGUCGGCCUCAUUUUCGAUUCACUAAUGACGCUUUCCGAAUGGGCCGAAGAGUCGGAUGAUAUCUGGAAUUACAAGGGCAUCGAUUCUCUGGAUAUCAAUAAAGAUGUACUACGAUUUUUGCAGACCAAAGAUACCGAUAGUCCCGAUAAUGAUUCCUCUGAAUUUCGCAAUUUUAUACUCUGCUUGUUGCGUGUGUCAGUGGCCUCUCGACCGAGCACAAGUCAAGUAUUGUCCCUCGCGUUCCUGAGUGAUGCUGUCAAACCUACAGGGACAUGGAAACGUGGACCUGUGCUUGCAUCCGAUAGUCUCGAUCCAGACGACCCGUUUGAUUCUCCAAAUCCGGCACCAAAAGAUGCGCUUGAUGGGUUGCCGAUUUCCCAGAUUUACCACCUCUGGAGAUUGGCAGGUGGUGAUGUUGAGCUUGAUUUGAUCAAAAGAGGGGUUUUUCUUUCGACACCUGUCAUCGAACGAUUGCCGCGGAUUUGUACCCUUCAUGACCUAGAAGUGGGCGCAAAUACCAAUGACACGGCUCAGUUGUACUCCGAUACGAUGUACGUUCUUGGUUUCAAAGAGCUCUACCAACGAUUAGAAGAAGGCCGCAAGACACACACCGAUCGAUUUGAGUGGGAUACAGACUACUUUAUGGUGGUUGAUGAAAAUGAUGUCAAUUUUCUUUUGGCAUCUGAGGAACCAGCCAAGCAAUCUAAAGAUGAUAUUUUGUCUGAAAACUAUUUUCUAUAUGCAGAGGAUUUGGUCCAGCAAACACCAGGCCACGGAGGCGCAUUUGUGUCUACACCUUUGCCGACCACUCCUUCAGCCUCCCGCUCUACGAACCGUUCUUUCUCUUGGUCUGGUAUGAGUAGAUCGGGCUCAGCCUCAUCUUUGCCGGUCACUAGCCCUACUCCACUUACCCCCACUCAGCCAAGUGCACCAAAACUACCGUUGUUUUUACGCGAACAGGAUGUAAACUACCAAUACUACCGUCAAGCAUUAUUUUCAGAGCUUCUUCGUCAGUACCCAAUGUCGCGUAAAGAGCUUCUUCACCACGCAAAGGUUGAUAUACCCCCUCUUUUGCGCGGCAAGGUGUGGGCGGCUGUGUUGGGAUUGAGCGGAGACCUUGAGCAUGAUUAUGACAGUGUGGAUAAAUACACUGAUCUUGGUGCAGACAGACAGAUUGAAGUCGAUGUACCAAGAUGUCACCAGUACAACCAAUUGCUUGCGUCUUCUGUGGGACAUGAAAAGCUCAGACGACUUUUGAAGGCAUGGGUGUCAGCAAACCGUAAAUUGGUGUACUGGCAAGGCCUUGAUUCGCUUUGUGCUCCAUUCUUGACACUCAAUUUCAAUGACGAGGCGAUUGCCUUCAUGUGUCUUCAGGAAUUCAUUCCAAAGUUCCUUAAUAACUUUUUCUUGUCAGACAAUGCCCCUGUACUACAAGAGUACCUUGCAGUGUUUCGUCAUUUAUUGAGCUAUCAUGAUCCAGCUCUGUCCAGUCAUUUGGAUACCAUUGGGUUUAACCCUGAACUCUACGCAAUUCCUUGGUUCCUUACGUUGUUUACUCAUGUGUUUCCACUCGAUAAGAUUUACCAUCUCUGGGAUAAGUUAUUGGUUGGGCCACCGUCCUUGCCUCUUUUUGCUGGCAUUGCAAUUCUACGCCAGAUACGCGAUACACUCCUUUCUUGUGAAUUCAAUGACUGUAUCACCAUAUUUUCCGAAAGUUUUCCCAAGGUUGAUAUUGAAAAAUGUGUUCAGAGUGCAAUGAACAUGUGCAAAGUCACACCACCUAGUGUUAUGAGACGCGUCCAUGGCCCAAAAGACAACACGCAGUUGUUGGACAGCGAGUUUGGUGAUACGAAUGGAAUGUUUUCAAGAAAACCAGCCUGGUGGCAGGAACCCCUUUCAACUGAAGAAAAAAAGCAAGAACUAGCUCCUCGGAUAGAUAUUGAGGAUCUUACUAAACUCCUUCCCUACACUCUUUUGUUAGACAUUCGAUCGGACCAAGAGUUUGCUCGAGGUCACUUUCCAUCGGCCUUGAAUGUACAGGCUGCUCAACUUGAUAGCUAUGCUGGUGUAUUAAGAAAGCUGAAUAGAAAAUAUCACAUUGUUGUAGCUGACAGUGGUGGACCUGAAUACGCAUCUCAGCUGGUCCACAAGCAGUUUGCUAGAGUAGCCUUGUUGCAGGGCGGAAUGGAUGCUUUGAGUGCUCUGCUGAUCUCUCUCGAAGAUGGGCCUAGAACAACAGGUAGACAUGUCACAUGUCACUGUCGGCCCCAAAAACAAACCACUGCUGGAUUCAAGGGCAAAGGUUCAGAGCCACCCUUUGUUAUUUGGAGGUGCAAAAUUCCACCACCUUUAAAGAAGUAAUGACUUCUUUUCUUUAAGAAAAAGCAAAGAAAAGCAAAGCAAAGCAAAGCAAAAUAAAAUAAAACAAAGAAUCUUUUUUUCUCUUUUGGUUAUCAAGCAUAGAUUCCAAUUU